AUGAAAAAAUCUUCAAAUUAAAAUAAAAUACAUAAGACUUAAUUAAUGGAUUUAGAGUCUUCUAGAGAAAAUUAUGUUCAAAAAAGAAGAAAAAGAGCACCUAAGGUUUACAAAAACUAGGAAGAUCUUAACUUAGACUUCUUAGAUACUGUCUUAGUGAAUAAAUAACUAUGGAAAGACAACUGGCUUGAUGGAUACUAAUACUAUAUGCUACUUAAAAACUAACACAGAUUAGACUAAAAGUAAUUUCCAUUGUUGUCAUCUCAUCCAACUUGGAUAUAUGAAAAACCUAUCAAUGGACAUCUCUAUUUCCUAAAAGAAGUUGAUUUAGAAAAAGAUGGUCCAUUUAAGCUUGGAUUUCCUAGAACUUCAUCAUUAAAUAAAAAAUCAUGGAAAUGGAAAAGAAAUAAUUUUCCAACAAAACUUCCAAAAAAUGACCCUAAAAUAGUUUAUAUUUGCGCAACAACUGAAGGCGUGGAAUCUGAUGAAAAUGGAAAUCUUGUUCAGAAAAGGUUUAGAAUGCAUAUUGCAAAAAAGAUAGAUUUAUACAAUAAAGAGCUACAUAAUGAAGAAAAUUCUCAAGGGUUAGUAGUGUGUUAGAUGCUUGAAAUAGAAUUUGGAAAAACAAAAGAAGGGAAGAAAUAUAUCCCAAAACCAAUAAGCUUAAUUCGAAAGAAAGAGAUCCUGUAUAAUUAGAAAAAAAAGCAAUAAACAGAUGAUGAAGAUAAAAUAGAAUUUGAAGUUGAUGAUUACUCUCUUGAAAAAAAUUCUUUUUAAAGCCAAAAAAAUGAGUUGUAAAAUUAAAAAAGCUACAAAAAGUAAAAUAUUUUUGAUAGUAAUAGAAGCUUCGAAUGUGAUAAAAUUGAAAUAGAAAGUAAUGUAUCUUUAAAUAGUAGUGAGUAGUAAUAGGAAUAGCCUUAAAGUAUUAAAAUAGAAAAUUAAGUAGAUCAUAUAAGUUCUACAGCUGAGUAAUGCACUGCUGCUAUUUCUAUUGAGAAUGAUAAAAUUUUUGAAAAGGCAUCACCAUUUAAAGAUUAGCUCUAGAUUAAUUCUUCAUAGGUUUUAGGAUCACAGAACCAAUCUUAAGAUGCCUAAAACUAUUACCAAAACUUCUUUCAUAGCUACACAAAACAAAAUAGUAAUGAUCCCUUUAUUUAUUUGAAAAGCUCAAUAUAUUCAUCAUAAAAUAAAAACUUGAACCUUAUGUAGCAUUCCAGUAUUUAAUUGCUUAAAAAUGCUUACUAAAGUAAAAGUGUCAAAACUGUGUCUUAAGAGGAGAGCAAUAACUCGAAUUAAAGAAGUAGUCAGUAAAAUAUUAAAUUUAGUAAAAAAACGAGCCCAAUAAGAAAAAGACUUUUCUAGAAUUAUGAAAAUAACUCAUUGUACUAAUACUAGGAUAUUUUUUCUUAUUCAAACACAUAAAAUGGUAAUAACAGUCCAUAAAUAUCUGAUCUUACUUAAAAUAAUUUUAAUAUAUUUAAUGCCUAAAAAUAUAAUAUAUCUUAAACUGCAAACAGAGAUAACAUUUAAAAUAUUUACCAUAACUCUAACCUCAAUAAUCAUAGUUUUAAUUGUAUUUAUGAUAGUUUUAAAGGUAAUUAAAAUAAUACAAAUUUAGAGUUUUAAGAUUUCAUUGAACCUUAAAAGUUUCCUGAAUUAUCUAACUCCACUGAUAAAAAAAUAGAUCAAAAUCAAAGAAAAUGUGUAAAAUAAUUCUGUAUUUUUGAUUAGUUUUAAGACUUUGAAGAUUUAGAAUAUUUUCCUCAUUCUAAAAAUAGCUAAUUAGACACUAAAUUUAAAAAUUUAGAAUUAGAAAAUGAUGGAUUAUAAAAUAAAAAAAACGCUUUGAAACCCAAAAUUUCAUAGGGAGAAAAAGACAUUUAAUCUACUGAAAUUACAAUUUUAAUUUAACCUGUACAAUUUAAGUAAUGCAAAAAAAAUAAAGAUGAAUACUAUGUCAUUUUAAUUUGA